AUGUGGAUCGGUAACAUUGGAAAGAAGUCUGCGGCUUUUAUCAACCACAAGCCAUUCCAUCCAGGGAACUUCCAGAACCAGGAAAAGGUGUGGCUAGCUGAGCAAAAACUGAAAGAGGAACAGAAGAAGGAAAAAGAACUGGAGGAGCGUCGCCGCGAAGAGGUGAAAAUAGAGGAGCUGCGGCGGGCUUUAAGGGGCGAGGCAAAAGCAGCAUUACAACUGCAAGGGAAAGAGGAGGAAGUGUCUCCUGCUGAGGAGUUGCGGAGAAAGGCAAAGGAGGCAGCGAGGGUGCAGGCACUGCAGCGCAAGCAGCAGGAGGCGCAGAAUCGGCUAAAGAAGUUGUCAAAGAGCACAUUAUCGGCUCCCUGCACGGCAAACGCAGGCGACGGUGAACCUCGCACAAAAAAGAGGAAAAACAAAAAUCUACUGCCUAGUCGAGCUGCCAACACGACAGGUAGCCCUGCAGAAGCAGUGGAUGGGGAGGAGGAGGCAAAUCGAACAAGGCCUGCGGAUAGCUCCAACCGGGGAGAAAAGGACACGGAUGCCAACUUUCAUGGAAGCUGUAGUAAACGCAGAGCGAGGGAGGGAGGUGUUGCCGCAUAUAUGAAGCUGCUGGCCGUGUCGGAAGAAGGGGAGUGA